GCCGCGGCGAAAGCGCUCGCAGUCACACGUGAACAGUAUAUUUCUCGACGCACGCGAGUCCUCGACGCACGCCAGCCGCGUGCCAUUCAACACGCGCCGCGCAAAUAGCAACAAGCAACUAGGUGCCGCCGCCCCCAUGGCGGCGCCGCGCAGCAAGGCGAACACAUCGACCGACAAGCGUCGACGCCUGGCCGGCGCCGCCCUCGUCGCAAUCACAGUAAUUCUCCUGCUGCUGAACUUUGACGCCUCAUUAACGGACAGCGCCGCACACGCGGCGCACCCGAAGACGCCCGACCAGACCUACGAGCCGACGUAUCCCGACCGAGGCGGCUCUUUUGGGAUCAUCUACGCGGCGAACGGGCCCUUCGUCGAGCGGGCUUUUCGAAGUGCUGUCGCGCUAGGGGACGGCUUCAAUGCGACGCUCUUCUCCGAUGCCGCGGGCGCCAAGGCCUGCGCUUCGCUGAGACGCCAGCACCGGCGCAAUUACAAAGACCGACUCGCGGGCUUGCGCUGCGCCGUCGCGAACGCGUCGACGACGUUCGGGUUUAGAGCUGCAAAAUUGUGGGCCUUCACCGCGACGCCGUACGACAAGUCCUUGUAUAUUGAUGCGGACGCGUUCCCCUGUGCCUCGUUCCAGUGGCUGCACGCGGAAUUAUCUCCCGCAUUAGAACGGUACGACGUCAUGGCCACGCACUCGUCCAUGCGGCGCGGCUACGCGCAUGCGCUCCACUGGCUCAACGCCGGCGUCAUCGCCUUCAACGGCCACCACCGCACGCGGAAAGUGUUUCUAGACUGGCUGCGGACGUACGAAGCCCAAAAGGCGCCGACGACGGACCAGCGGCUCUUCAACGAAGCAGCACUCCGUUCUGACGCGAGGAUCAUGGCGCUGCCGCCCGAGUUCAACUGCAAGUCGAACUACAAGUCCGUGCGCUACGAGUGGCUCAAGGCGGCGUCGCCCUACUUCUACCGGAGGCUGCGGAAGGACUGGGCCUGCUGCAAAGUGCCCUCGGUCGGCGUCUGUGCGAUCGACCACGAGUGCCGCUUCCCGGUUUUGUAAAGAAAGCGCGGUUCCAGGAAAGCGACGGCCGGGCCGGGGCCUCGAGGCGUCGUGCCCCGUGGACGACGGCGAUGAUGUAGUGUGUACUAAUUUUC